AUGCUCUUGUUACAGGGUAAUCAUUAUUCCUCCCAAGGAUCGUCUACUUCUGCAUCUAUGUAUGAGGAGGAUAUUAUCAGCCAAAGGGCCAGGGCAUUUCCCCUGGGUCAUGGACUUAUGCCCACCCCACAGGCUUUCAGCUUUGGAUUUCCUGUUCAUCCGGCACACGACCCGAUGGGUCUUGCAAGUCAGAGUCAACAAUUCGGGGGAUAUCCUCCGCUAACAUCACAUUCUGACCACAAAAGGAUGCUGGGUCCUGGGCAGGGAGACACAAUGGAUAAAAACAUCAAAAUAACACUAGAAAACAGAGACCUCUGGAGCAAAUUUCACGGCAUUGGUACCGAAAUGAUUAUCACCAAAACUGGAAGACGAAUGUUCCCAACUCUAAAGGUCAAUUUGGAGGGACUUGAUCCCCACUCUAAGUACAUCCUCCUUAUAGAUAUCGUUCCUGUGGAUGAUUGUCGUUAUAAGUACCACAACUCAGAAUGGGUGGUGACGGGGAAAGCGGAACCCCAUAUGCCUGGGCGCCUGUACAUUCACCCCGACUCCCCGGCCUCUGGGUCCCAUUGGAUGAAGCAACCUAUGACAUUCCACAAAUUGAAACUGACCAACAACAAUCUAGACCAGAAUGGACAUAUAAUUUUAAACUCAAUGCACAAGUAUCAACCCAGAGUUCAUGUAGUGCAAGCAAACGAUAUAUUCACAAUGAGAUGGAAUUCCUUCAAUACGUACGCAUUCGAGGAAACUGCGUUCAUUGCGGUAACGGCGUACCAAAACGAACAGAUCACACAGUUGAAAAUAGACAACAAUCCCUUCGCCAAAGGUUUCCGAGAUAAUGGAAUGGGAAGAAGAGAUCAUCGGUUGAGUAUGAAGCGCCCAGCAGGUGAAGAAAACAUUUCAGAGAUUGGAAAAGAUAACUUCUCCAAGAAAAUAAAGUUAGAAGACGAAGGAAACGAAAGGAAAAUGUCAAGAAUUAAGUCUGAAGACGAAAGUGAUUCUAUCCCUCCAACCCCCGAACCUCAUCACGCUGACGGACUCGACGGAGAACUACAACCUCUCCAUACAAAAACCUCUCCAGUCAACGGAAGUACAACAGGACCACUGAAAGCAACCACUCCGACUCAAAGUGCUAACUUGCAACAAACUCACUGUCAGUACAUGAGCAGUGCUGCUAAAUCGUACUCUCAGUCGUGUAUGGCGUCACCAAAUGAUCAGCUUUAUUAUCCGCAUCAUUCCCCCAUCAACCGCACCUCACCCGCCAGCUCGUUCUUGCCUGUCUCUACUACUUCCGGACUGCUCCAAUCGGUGUCAUCAAGUUUAGAUUUGCAUAGUGUAAAUCCUCAAAUGCAAUCUUGUCGUCUGCCGCAACAAAGCAGCGACUGCGCACUCCGACAGCCAUCCGGGCAUUUAUCAAGCAGUCAUAACUACGGAAUCCGAACUACACCACCAACACAGCAUCCUUCCUUGCCAUCUUGUACAUACAUGCAACCAACGCAACCUUAUCCCUCCCAUCUUACACCCAAUGUUCACAUGAUGAACAUGAAUUUCACUGGACCGAUGGCCUGAACAAUCUAUAUCAUGAUCAAUAUGGAAAAAAAUAUAUAUUGAUGACGUCAUCACACCAGAGCGGGCUGUUCGCGUCGAGCACUCGAAGUUCUUGAAAGCAUAUCACUAAGAGACAGUGACAUUUCAUCUGAUAUGCCCGCAACAUUAAGAGGGUAAAUGUUGUUUAUGUAUGUAUACUAUGUACAGGAACAAUUGUGAAAUACAUGUAGUAUGUUCAUAUUUAUUUAUAACAACCUUUGUAAAUUACCCCCAAGACAAUCGAGAAAUCCUGUGACUUUCACACGAUGCACCAAUUUUGAAGGGUUUUAUUAUUUCUUCUUUUACGCAUGAUUAAAAUGGUGCUAGUACUGAUGUACAAUAUUGCAUGUCUGUUCAUAAAUAUAUGUUUUAAUACAGAUUA